GCUUCCUUGGCCUAGCCCCACAGUGAAAAAUCAGGCACCUGGGGGCUUCUUUUCCUUUGAAUGGUCUCUGUCUCUUUUAGGUCAUACUUUUGUGCUUGUCAGUAAAACUCUCUUAAAAACUUUGUGGAUUUCCUAAGAAUCCCGUAAGGUUCAUGCUCUUAAAACCCACAUCUACAAUUUCUUUCCAAGUCAGACAGCUCUUUCUCUACUCUAGGCUGAGCAUCAGGCUGCUAUGAGAUGCGCCUCUAGGAUUCUUAGGGCCCUUUCUGUCCAGAUGAGAAGGGCUCCGAGACACCACGUUAAAUUUUACCAAGGUCCUCACUCUGACACCACUUCUUACUCUAAGAAUCUUUUCUUCCAGCUGAAGAGACUGAAGAGGUAGAAGAUUUUAUUUUCCAGUCUGGUGUGUUCUGGUUCUCUGUUUUCUCUAAAUAAUGCUUAUAAACGAGGUAAUUCAAUUUUAGUUCAUCUCUCUCUUUAGAACCUUAUAUGCACUAGAAGCACUCAGUGAACUUUCAGUAUGCUGUCUGGAGAUCUUUGCAGCUAGAUCCAAAGCUCACUGUACAUUUUCAGUCUUUCAUGCUGCCUCUGCCAUCAGUUUUGCCAAUUGUUUUGCCUCAACAUAAUGUGGGUUGCCUUUUUCCUUCCCUGCUGUACAGUUUCUUGUCACUUCUCCAGCCUGCAUUAACAGUUUGCAUGCCAUUUUCCCAGUUUUUGCUAAUAGUUACCUCACUGCUUUCACCUGCUGUCUGGUCCCAAAGCCGAUGCCAAACGUUUUAGGUUUCUGUUAUGGCAACGUGCUACUUCUCGGUAUCAAUUUCUGUAUCAGUUAGUUUUUGUGGCUUAAGAAACAGUUACAGAUCUUAGUGGCUUAAACAAUGAUUUAUUAUUUCUCACAAUCCUAUCGAUUGGCUGUUUGAACCAUUCAUAUAGCUGCAGUCAGUAAUGGGUUAGCUGAGGGCUGGGUUCAGCUGAAACUCCUGGGUCUCAUCCUCCUGCAGGCCAGCCCAGGCUUCUUAAUACGGUUGUGUCGGGGUUCCCAAUAACAAGCUCUUUUGCACAAGUGCUUUUCAAGCCUCUGCUUGCAUCAUAUUUACUAAUGUCCCGAUAGCAAGUUCCAGUCUCAUGGCCUCACUUGAAAUUCAAGGAAUUGAGAAAUAGUCCAUACCUCUUGAUUGGAGGACAUGCAAAGAAUGUGUAGUAAAGUUUUUCUCAAUGUUCCACAAAGAGUAUGUACAAGUUUGGGGGUAAAGAAUGGGCCAUUCUUUAGGAAGUCAGGUCAAGAAAGUAGGAUGUGAGUUGAUGGUCACUGCAUCAUGGAAAUAACCUAACAGUUUAACAAUUUGAUGCUUUCAUAGUUAUUGUGAAGAUUGUUGAUGGACGAUAUAUCAACAGUCCAGUACAAAGGGAGGCUCAAGUUGGACACUUUGUCAGUAAUACUAGUUUUUCCUUCCUUGCUUUAUUUAGUAGGUUUGACUCUUGAGGGUUACUGACUCAUAUAUAGCUUACCAUUAUUAAAUGUUUGGCUUUUGUCUAAUUUCUUGGUCUGAUACAAGCUGUACAGGGAAUGAGAGGACUGUCAGUAGCAGUAUGAGGAGAUAACUAAGGAAAGAGAAAUAUUUUAAAACAAAGUACAUUACCACACAGUUCAGCGAUGUUAGUAAUGAUAAUCUGAGUCCACGGUAAAGUGUGUCCAAUGUCCUCUCUUUAAGAAGCAAUGAAAUAUGUCAGUGCAUUUUAGAAGAGGAUUUCCAACAAAAAGGAGUGAAUACUUUUCCCAAAGGGAGAUAGGUCUUUGGUUAGGUAAAAGUCACUUACACGGAAAAACCUCAUGCGCUGAUGACGUUGGAUAACUGAGAUUUUUCUGCACUUGUGUAAAAAAUGUCAGCCGAAAUAAUUAUUUGUUUCCUGAAAAUGAGUAACUAGCCAACAGGAUUAGGGUCAGUGGCUCAAAGGACUUUGUUUAAGAGAAAGAAGAACAGAAAGAGGAAUGUAAAACUUCUCUGGGAUUUCCUUAAUUAGUAAUUCGAGUUGGAAAAGAAAAGGUCAUUCACAAUUCUGGAAACUCUAUUGACUUCUCUUUAAAAAAAAAAAAACUUCAUGGAAUAGUUAUGAAAUAUAAAGUUUAAUCAAACUGGACUAAGGUGAUUUACUUCCCAUCAUUUUUUUCUUUUCCGAGUAAAUCUCUUUUGUAUUUUCCAGCCAAAGUUUGCUUCACAUUCCAGGGCCAAGGCCAAGUCGGGCACAGCAGCUGUGUGUGUUUGUAAAUGCUGAUGCAGACGACAGUGGGAAAACGUGUAUGGAUGGUUUGACCUGUGAUCCUGGAGCUCUCCUCUCUUUGCAUUUUCCCCCAACCAGCCCUUCUACUAGUAUGACCUCAGUUGUCACUUCUACAACCCUGCUGGCAAAAUGAAGGACCGACUAAUAGAACUGGUGGAGUUAACCAAGAACUAUGACCGGCAGUUCGCAGACAAGAACGAUGAAUUUGACUUGCCCCAGGAGGACAUCGUGUUUGAGACGGACCACAUCCUGGAAUCCUUGUACAGGAACAUCCAGGACCUUCAGGAUGAAAACCAGCAGCUGAGUAAUGAUGUGAAGCGGCUGGGAAAGCAGAAUGCCCGCUUCCUCACGUCCAUGCGGCGCCUUAGCAGCAUCAAGCGCGACACCAACUCGAUUGCCAAGGACAUCAAGGCCCGGGGCGAGAGCAUCCACCUCAAGCUGAGCAGGAUGAAGACGCUGAGCCAGGAGGCCGAGGCCGAGCACGGCGCAAACUCGGUCGUCGUGCGCAUCAUGCAAGCGCAUUACAGAGCGCUCACCUGCACCUUCCAGACUGCCAUGCAAGAGUACAACGAGGCUGAGAUGAAGCAGCGCGAAAACUGCAAGAUCCGCAUCCAGCGUCAGCUGGAGAUCAUGGGCAAGGACGUCUCGGGCGACCAGAUCGAGGACAUGUUCGAACAGGGCAAGUGGGAUGUGUUCUCCGAGAACCUGCUGGCCGAUGUGAAGUGCGCCCGGGGGGCCCUCAGCAAGAUCGAGAGCCAGCACCGUGAGAUGCUGCAGCUGGAGGGCCGCAUCCGUGACCUCCAUGAGCUCUUCCUGCAGACGGCCAGGCUGGUAGAGCAGCAGUCUGACACCCUGAACGUCAUCAGUGUCAACGUGCAGAAGACUGUCAACUACACCGGCCAGGCCAAGGUGCACUGGAGCAAGGCUGAGCAGUACAAGAAGAAGAACCCCUGUCGGACCCUCUGCUGCUUCUGCUGCCCCUGCGUCAACUAGCAGGCCGGCCUGGGGCACCACACCCCAUCCCAGACCGGAAUGGGCUGGUAAGCACACUAGAAGAGAUUUUGAGGCCAUAUGAACUGGGGUGAGUUGCCCUAAUCCCUAGGGACCUCAGUCUUUGAAGAAAGAAAACACUCGAGAUCCAAGAAUUCCAGCCCAGCUUAUGCUUGCAAAGAGAGCCGAUGCCACCAGAUGUCUCUUCGGUAAGGACAGAUGACUACUCAGGUUUUUGAGGUCAUUAUGUGGCACAUAGCACCCUUGCCUCUUAGCGGAAGCCAAAUAAGGAACUGACUUAGCUUACUCUAUGGUAAAUGUCCAGGGCGUGUUUGGUCAUGAACCCUCUAGGAGGAAGUCAAUUCUGCACCGGCUCCUCGUUAUCAGAAGUUCAGUUCAUUCACCCUAUCCUGAAAGUACCUCGGUUCUGUCUCCUCGUUAUCAGAAGUUCAGUUCAUUCACCCUAUCCUGAAAGUACCUCGGUUCUGUUCAUUUUCAAGUGAAACUGACCUUGGGAAAAACAGCACAUAUUCCAUUUCUGAUUCUUCAUCUAGUUUAUGCUGUGCUUGCUGCCUAUAGAUGUUUAUCUUCUUUCUGCUCACCUCCCCUACUUAUUAAAAUGACAUUUAACACUUACUAUUUCCUUAACUCUUUCACUUUUAAUAUCUUCCAUCAGAAUAUAUUUUAGGAUUUUUUUUCAAAUAUUUUUAAGCACUGAGUAUUGAACAAGCACUCAAAUUGAAGUACAUGUGUCACAUUAUAUAUAUUUUUCAUAAAUAAAAAUAAUUUGAAGUGUAUCUUUUUACUUGAUUGUUACAAAUCCAUAUAUAUGUAAAGUACUAAUAUUUACUAAUGCAUGUACAUAAUGACCAUGUGGUUUGUAAAUAUGGUAUAUUGAUAUCAAUUAAAACAUUUUUACUGGUUA